GCUCAUUUCCACCUUCUCUCGUUUGCUUUGGGGUUCACACACAUCCACAUGCGGCUGCUGUAGACAGCAGCUUCAAACACUUGGUGUACUGGAUGGAGGCACAAGGAGGGGCAGGUAGCCCAGAUGACACUAAAAAAGGACAGAAUCUGCUGAAGCCCUCGAUGUCAGGAGAAUUAUCGAAAGAACAUUCCCAGCAUUCCAGAAUUGAGGAGGACAGAGUCAUUCCCGGACACACCCCAAGCCUGCUGCAUGUCACUGAUAGACGGCAGCCUCUGAGCAGCGUUUCGUCUCUCGAGGUUCACUUCGACUUGCUUGACCUGACAGAACUCACGGACAUGUCCGACCAGGAGCUGACUGAGGUAUUCGUCGAUUCUGAUGAGGAAAACCCUGAGUCACCUGCAGGUUAUCACCAUUACCCAGGCAGAGGAAGCUACCUGCGCUCUCCCUCUUGGACCCGCUGCAGUAAACCCGAGCAGUCACACGACAGGAAGCACCACAGCGACUCAGACAGCACUGAGUCCUGUCACAAACUGGAACGGCCCAAAAAACCUUGAGAGAAACCCAACAAGUUUACACACACACACACACACACACCCGUGGUGCUAAAGACACUACAAUGUGAUGUCAUGCGCUCAUUCAGCAGCAAUACAGAGCAACACAAACAGCCCUGGAUUUGUAAGAGGUUUCUGAGGGACUUGAACUGGUCUGGGUUCAUUAAAAACAAAAGUUUUAUCUGGAGCUCAUAACAUCUUAUAAUAAUAUCUUGUGUUUGAAUGACGUAUAAUUUGUUGCGUUGGGGAAAAAAAUAAUAGGAUGAAGUGAGUGUAAAUAAUAAUGAUCUUUAAGCAAGGCAGAAUGUAAGCUAGCAGAAUGGAUUGUAUAUUAAGGACUAUAGGUCACACACACACACACACACACACACACACACACGUCUCAUAUGCCAAGAAUCUUUUUUAAACACUGUGUACUAUGAACAUUUAUUAACUCUUAAAUAUCAAAUAAAUGGUUAAUCAACUCAGUUUGAAAUAAAGGUUUGAAAUGAUUGUUACUUUAGGCAUUAAAGGUGCGCUUUGUGAUUUUUGCCUACCUAUUUAACGCAUAUGUCCUCAGAGACUUUUUCCUUUGAACAGAUAUUUCAAUUACAGCUGAGAAAAAGCAAAGGAAGUUUCACAAAAAUAAUCGCUUACGGCACCUUUAAAGAUCGUGGAAACGACGUUUUGUUUUAUACGUUAAAAUCUGCUCUCAUUGAAGGACAAUGCAGCUGUGUGUAUGUAGGUGUGAUGUUUAGACGUCGUUACUGAUGACAAACAUGAAUGUAUGAGUAGUUUGCUCAUAAUCAGCUUUAAGCUUGAAUUAAGAAAAAUAUUUCAUCAUUUUGUCAUAUUGUUUUAAUGCAUUGUGUUCCUCAUAUGUUCUCAUUGUGUUCCUCACACUGACCUUACAGCUGUUUUACAUUGUACAUCUGUAUAAAUGUCCAGUUGUCUUCAAGCUCAAU